UGUCAGUCAGUCAGUCCACAGGACCGAGACCCAGCACUAAUCAGGACCAAAAGCUCCUCCAGGACCAGGACCAGGACCAGGACCAGGACCCCCCAGCUCCUCCAGCUCCUCCAGGACCAGGACCUGCCGCCGCCAUGGCUCUCACCGCCGACCCCAACUUCCAGAAGCUGCAUCAGUGGUUCAAGGCCCAGGGCUCGAACCUGAACAUGCGGGAGAUGUUCGAGGGAGACAAGGAGCGAUUCAGCAAGUUCAGCACCGUUCUGCAGACGGAUGAUGGUGAAAUCCUCCUCGACUUCUCCAAGAACCUCAUCAACCAGGACGUCCUGGCGCAGCUGCUCGCUAUGGCCAAGUCCAGGGGCGUGGAGGAGGCGCGGGACCGCAUGUUCUCUGGGGAGAAGAUCAACUUCACAGAGGGCCGGGCCGUGCUCCACGUCGCUCUCAGGAACCGAUCCAACUCCCCGAUACUCGUGGACGGGAAAGACGUGAUGCCCGAGGUCAACCGGGUCCUGGACAAGAUGAAGGCGUUCUGUCAGAAAGUUCGCAGCGGCGACUGGAAAGGCUUCAGUGGGAAAAGCAUCACGGACGUAGUGAACAUCGGCAUCGGCGGUUCAGACCUGGGACCUCUGAUGGUGACCGAGGCUCUGAAGCCGUACUCAACCGGAGGACCGAAGGUCUGGUUCGUGUCCAACAUCGACGGGACUCACAUGGCCAAGACCUUGGCUCAGCUGGACCCUGAGACCACCUUGUUCAUCAUCGCCUCCAAGACAUUCACCACUCAGGAGACCAUCACCAACGCGGAGUCGGCCAGAGACUGGUUCCUGCAGACGGCUGGAGAUAAAUCUGCCGUGGCUAAACACUUCGUGGCUCUUUCCACCAACGCGCCCAAAGUCAAGGACUUCGGCAUCGACACUGAGAACAUGUUCGAGUUCUGGGACUGGGUCGGAGGUCGUUACUCUCUGUGGUCGGCCAUCGGUCUGUCCAUCGCCCUGCACAUAGGCUUUGAGAACUUUGAGCAGCUUCUGUCCGGAGCUCACUGGAUGGACAACCACUUCCGCAGUGCUCCUCUGGACCAGAAUGUCCCCGUCCUCCUGGGUGUCCUGGGUGUCUGGUACGUGAACUUCUUCCAGGCGGAGACACAUGUCCUCCUCCCGUACGACCAGUACCUGCACCGCUUCGCCGCCUACUUCCAGCAGGGGGACAUGGAGUCCAACGGGAAGUCCGUCACCAAGGACGGCAGCAGAGUGGACUACAACACGGGACCAAUAGUCUGGGGAGAACCAGGGACCAAUGGACAGCAUGCCUUCUACCAGCUGGUCCACCAAGGGACUCGUCUGAUUCCUGCUGACUUCCUCAUUCCUGCUCAGUCUCAGCAUCCAAUCAGAAACAACCUGCACCACAAGAUCCUGGUGGCUAACUUCCUGGCUCAGACUGAAGCUCUGAUGAAGGGGAAGACGAAGGAGGAGGCGCGAAAGGAGCUGGAGGCAGGAGGACUAAAAGGAGGCGCACUGGAGGAGCUGCUGCCUCACAAGGUGUUUGAGGGGAACAAGCCCAGUAACUCCAUCGUCUUCAAGAAGCUGACUCCGUUCAUCCUGGGAUCUUUGGUUGCCAUGUACGAACACAAGAUCUUCGUUCAGGGCGUCAUGUGGAACAUCAACAGCUACGACCAGUGGGGGGUGGAGCUGGGGAAGCAACUCGCUAAGAAGAUUGAGCCGGAGCUUCAGGACGACUCCGAGGUCACGUCCCACGACUCCUCCACCAACGGCCUCAUCAACUUCCUGAAGAAGAACUUUGCCUGAACUCCUCCUCUUGCUCCUGUAACUCCUCCCCCUCCUGCUCUGAUUGGCCAGCCUUCCUGCUCUGCUCUGAUUGGCCGGCCUUGUUGUCUGUGCACAUGUUACUGUAGGUGACCCCCCUCCCACCAGCCGCUCCUUCAAAAUAAAAGCCCUAUUUGUCACUGGA